AUGAUACGUCCAACACAGCUACUUCUUUACACCCUUAGCGAACUGAUCGCCACCGAUGCAGGGCUUUACCCAAUACAAGCAUAUCACCGUUCUGUGCACCGAGGCUCAAUACUCCAAUACACCGAAGAAAUCUCUUUAAUUGUGGGGAGUGGGUUGUUACAAGUCCCUUCGGCCAUUGCGAACGAUGUGAUUAAGUCAUUGAAAAACGACAAAAUGACGGGAAAUCUAGAUGAUUCCGAUAAAAAAGUCGAGCGAGAGGAGGUUGAUCAGUAUGAAACGUCUGCCCCGGCGAAGAAAUCGUUUGGUGGCAAAGUAAAGAGACAUUGCGCUCGAUUUUGGUGGCUUCAUCUUAUCAUUUUCUGCAUAUCGUUCCUCAUUAUUGCAUUAUGCCUUGUUUACGUGGCCAUGCCUAAAAUUGCCCAAGAUGGAGUUAACGAUGCCUCCCUCGAAAUCACUCAACUUAAUUUUACCGAUCCAACCCCAAACACUAUUGUCCUCAGCCAAGUGGGUAUACUUCACAGCCCCUCAAUGUACACACCUACUUUCGAUCCCUUCAACGCCUCUUCCUAUCUAGUCACAAACGGUCAAUAUGCAUCCACCCCCAUGGUCAUUAUCCCCCUCCCCCAAAUCCACGCUUUACAUCCCAAAUCCACCGUCUCCGUCGAAAAUCAACUCGUCAACAUCGUUGACAUCGACGCGCUCAGCGAUUACACCACUGCAGUCAUCACCAACGAAUACGUAACCACCGCACUCGUUGGAAGAACCAAACUACACGAGGGUGCAUUACCCGUCAUCACUAUAGACUACAAACACGAGAGUACAUAUAAAGGACUCAACGGACUCAAAGGAUUCAACGUAACCGGCGUCCGCGUCAACCUCACCGCCCUCACCGGUCCAAAUCUUUCCGGUUACGCAUACAUUCCCAAUCCCUCCGAUAUGACCAUCGUGAUGGGCGACGUCACCAUGCUACUCAGUACCUCAGCCGGCGUGGUUGGAAAUACCACGAUAGAAAAUAUGACGCUAGUACCAGGAAACAAUACAUUACCGAUGAUAGGAACGAUGGAUCAGACAAAAGUGGUCGGUAGUAUGGAUACUAAGACGGGACUGGUGCAGUUGAGCAUUAUUGGUCAGAGUGCGAUUUAUAAAGGACAACAUUUGGUGUAUUAUGAGAAGGCAUUGGCGAGUAAUAAUUUGAGUUUGGCGUUGAAUGUGGCGCAGAUUUUAAAGGAUAGUACGGCAGCGCUGCUGCUUUGA